AAAGAGGAGGAGGAGGAGGAGGAGGCGACGCGGAGUCGGGCGGCACCGGACGGACAGACGGAGGCGAAGGGGGUCCAGGAGGAGGUGGAGGGGGGGCGGCCAUGGCGGAGCCCAGCCCUGAAGAUCUACCUCCGAACCUCAAGCCGGAGACUCAGCCUCCAGAAAAACGUCGCCGAACGAUUGAGGAUUUCAACAAGUUUUGCAGCUUCGUCUUGGCCUACGCCGGAUACAUCCCAUCGACCAAGGAGGAGAAUGACUGGACGCCGUCCGGCUCCAACUCCCCCAUCCGCCCGGAGAGCGUGGUGGACAGCGACGGCUGGGAGUCCACCCACUCGGACCUGCACACCAUCGAGACCUUCGUGAAGAAGGCCAAGUCCUCUAAGAAAAAAGCGGCCUUCCGCCGCCUCAAGUCCGACAGCUCGCUGCUGGAGAAGAUGAAACUCAAGGACUCCCUUUUUGACUUGGACCCUGUGAGCAAGCAUCCGCUCCCGCCGCCGCUGGCGGGGCCCAACAAGGGGGCCGGCCCGGACAAGAAGAAGGACAAGCGCAACCGGAAGGCCGCCUUGGAGGCCGGGGGCGCCGGCGCCAAGCGGAACCGGGGCAGCGGCGUCCCCGACGGGGAGAAGCGCUCGCGCAUCAAAAAGAGCAAGAAGCGGAAGUUGAAAAAGGCCGAGCGGGGCGAGAAGAAGCACAAGGCUUCCUUGAGCGAGACGGACUCGGAGGAGGAGGAAGGGGCCCUGGCCUCAGUGGCGGUGAUGGGGGGGCCGAUACCCCUGCGGCAGGGAGGGGGGGAGGAAGGGGCCUUGGCAUCGGCGGCCACCUUGGUCUCGGUCCAGGCUCCCCCUGAGCUCUUGGCUGCCAGUUUCCCCCUGAAGCUGGAGGACACGGAAGGGAAGGAGGGCAUCAGUACGGAGACCAGCCAAGACGGGGAAGGCAGCUCCAGCGAAGGCGAGAUGCGGGUGAUGGACGAGGACAUCAUGGUGGAAUCAGGGGACGACUCUUGGGACCUCAUCACGUGUUACUGCCAGAAGCCAUUUGCCGGGCGGCCCAUGAUCGAGUGCAACCAGUGCGGCACCUGGAUCCACCUCUCCUGCGCCAAGAUCAAGAAGACCAACGUCCCCGACAUCUUCUACUGUCAGAAGUGUAAAGAAGGCUCCCGGAAACACCUUUUGCUGCCCAUGGUCUCCGGCGCCGCUGCUGCCACCACCAUCACCUCUAGGGGGAGUGGGGAGCCCUAGCGCAGGAGGCGGUGGCAGUGGAGGCCGGAGGGAGGGACGGGGCCGGAUCCAUGCGGGGCGCCCACCCCAGCAGUGAAAGACUGGCCGGAGUCAAGUGGGGCCGCUCUGGAUUGGUAUCCAAAGACGGGACUUGGGUGGCUUGGAGGUGGGAAGAGAGGAAGGCGCUGGGGACUCAGGCACACAAACCCACCCACCCUCCCCUGUUCUUUGCGGAGUAAAUUCUAGGAGAGCAGCUCCGGCGGAGAUUGAAAUGGACCCUUUGGCUUUGAAAUUAACCCUAAAAGACGGGUCCAUUUUUUGCCGGAAAGGGGGGGCAGGAAGUUCAGAUAGUGACAAAGGAAUGGGACGGAAGGGUCCCCAGUUUAAUUCUGGCUCUUCCCCAGAUCCCAUCCUAUUCUUGUCUCAGUGAAAAUCACCUGUAAAUAGACAGCAAACAAAGGUUUGGGGCAUUUUGCCCCCUCGGUUUGUUUCCCUCCCCAAGAUUUGGAAAUAUUUUCUUUUUCUAUUAUUAUUAUUAAAGAUUAUUAUAACCUGUGUUCUGGCUCACAGGGAUGUUCUCCUUUUGGCAGCAGAUCUCCUGCAACAAUGUUAGGUUCCUGCCCAAGAAAUAGAUGCAAAUUUACUUUUUUUUCUUAAACUUUGGGGUUUUGGAGGUGGAGGGGAGUUGAUUUUCCCACCGCGCCACUACAGUCACUAAAUAUAAAUAUAUAUAUCUAUAACCUUUCUGGCGAGGAAGGCAAAAGGGAAAGGUUUGGCUCCUCCGUAAGUACUAACAACACUUCUUCCCCAUCCAGUGCCCCAAAGAGAUGUUUGGAUGUGAUGAAACUAGUCAGGGAAAAAAAACCAUUUUGAUUUCAUUAUUAUUAUUAUUAUUUGAAAAAGGGACAACGUAUUAGCAAUUUUUUUUCCAAAAAGGGGAUGGAGACAUCGGUUUUCAGCUAUGAUGGGGCUGCACAAAGUUCCACUUUGAAACUUGCAGGAAACUAACCCGAGUCCCAGAACGGGUUCCCACCUCUCUCUCCAGACUUAAAUUCGGGUGCAAAUCCCACUUGAAUCUGCUCCCUGUUUGAAGUUAGUUCUGUUUCGGAGAGAGGCGGAAUAAAUGGGGUUCCUCCUUGGUUUUUUCAGGGGGGGGAGGGAUACCCCCCUCCCUGUAACCCUCUCCCACCUUUUUUUGUUUUAAUAUUUACAACUGUGUACAUGACAGAGGUUUUUUGAAUGUAAAUAAAAGAUGUGGACCCUUUUGGCGUUUGUACAGAA